AUGUUCAAACCCGGGGGGACUUGUGCUACAGGAGGUUACUGGAGUGUCGAGUGCCCGGCUCCCGUUUCCAGCAAGAUGCCUUAUUUUGCAAAACUCCUUUUAUUAAUCUUUUGCUUAGUUCUUCUUGUGGAGAGCAGAAAGCACAGGAGGAGGAGGUGGACAAGCCAGCUGGAGGUGCAGAGGGCAAGCUACGUCUAUAAGAAGAAUCAUGACGUGACCAAAACCUGGAGAGGAAAGACAGAGCGGCUUCUCAGAGUAGACAACCAUGACUUCACCAUGCGGCCAGCUUUUGGAGGCCCUGCAAUUCCUGUUGGGGUGGAUGUGCAAGUUGAAAGCUUGGACAGUAUUUCUGAGGUUGACAUGGAUUUCACUAUGACUCUGUACUUAAGGCACUACUGGAAGGAUGAGCGUCUCUCAUUUCCCAGUACCACCAACAAGAGCAUGACCUUCGAUGGCAGGCUGGUGAGGAAGAUCUGGGUCCCUGACGUCUUCUUUGUGCACUCCAAAAGGUCCUUCAUUCAUGACACCACCACAGACAACAUCAUGCUGCGAGUGUUCCCUGACGGUCAUGUCCUCUACAGCAUGAGGGUCACAGUGACAUCAAUGUGUAACAUGGACUUCAGCCGCUUCCCGCUGGACUCUCAGACGUGUUCUCUGGAGCUGGAAAGCUAUGCUUACACUGAUGAAGACCUGAUGCUGUAUUGGAAAAAUGGGAAUGAAUCUCUGAAAACCGAUGAGAAGAUUUCUUUGUCUCGGUUUUUAAUACAAAAAUUCCACACUACAUCGAGACUGGCUUUCUACAGUAGCACAGGAUUUUUCAAUCGCCUCUACAUAAACUUCCCUUUCCCCCGCCACAUCUUCUUCUUCUUGCUCCAAACCUACUUCCCCGCCACCCUCAUGGUCAUUUUGUCCUGGGUGUCUUUCUGGAUCGAUCGUCGAGCAGUUCCUGCCAGAGUCUCUUUGGGGAUAACCACCGUGCUGACCAUGUCCACGAUCAUCACUGGGGUGAACGCCUCCAUGCCCCGUGUUUCCUACAUCAAAGCAGUGGACAUUUACCUGUGGGUCAGUUUUGUGUUUGUCUUCCUCUCGGUACUGGAAUACGCAGCAGUGAAUUACCUGACUACGGUGCAAGAGCGGAAGGAGAGGAAACUUCGGGACAGGUUUUCAUGUACAUGUGGAAUACCUCAUUCGAAAACUAUGAUGCUGGAUGGAAACUACAGUGAGUUUGAUGCCAACAGCCUGGCAGGAUAUACAAGAAACCAGAUGGUCUCAGAGGAAGAAAAACAAGAAAAGAUGGUUGUGCACUUAGCUAUGAGCAAUGAAUCCAAUUCACCAAGGAAGAGAGGUCUGAAGGGCCAUAUGGGCUUGCGCAUCAUCCAGAACACUCAUGCAAUUGAUAAAUAUUCAAGAAUAAUAUUUCCAGGCACCUAUAUAUUUUUUAAUUUGAUAUAUUGGUCUGUCUUUAGCUAA